AUGAGCUCCAGCCCGCCUGACCCUGGUGCCCAGGCACCCCAGAUGCCCCGCCCACAGCCGCUGUCCCGGAGCUCAUCCAGCCUGCUGGGUGAGGGCCAGGGGCAGAGGCCGGAGCUCCGCAAGAGUGCCAGCAGUACCGUGUGGCGUGGGCAGUCGGGCAAGGCUGGCGCCAGUAGCCAGACUCCAGAGGAAGAGGCCUGCCAGGCAGAGAGCAUGGAGCAGACACAAUCCUCCAGCCCCCGGCCACCAUCCAGUGGCAGGGGCCACUGGCGAAGCAGCACUGUGGGCAACGUGUCCACCAUGGGCAGCGGGGACCUUGUCCGACUUCGUACUCCCAGUGCCGCUGCAAUACAGAGGAGCCACUCAGACCUGGUCCGCAGCAUCCAGGCCCGGGGACACGGUGGCACUGCCCGGACAGCCAGCCUCAGCUGCUCAGCGCUUGGUAGCUCACCCGUCCACGCUGCUCAGCUGCCGUCUAAUGUUGCUCCUGGCUCAGGUGGCGAGGUCCCCCUAAGCCUGGAGAGGAACCUGGCUGAUGAGGUUGGGAUUUCUAACUCAAUUGGGGUGCUGGGGGAGAGCCAGGCACAGGUGCUGCCUCUAGACCUGGGGGACAAAGCCAACCCCUGCAGUAGUGACCAGGCUGAGCCCAAAGUCACUGGACAGCCGGUCGCUGCCUCCUCUUGCCACGCCCUGCCUCCAGCAGCUCUCCUCUGCAGCGUGAGAGAGGCUGGGGUUGGGAGCUGCUGCCAUGCCCUGCCUGCCACAGGGCUCCUGGCCUUCCCCAAGCUGGUAGCAUCUGUGAGUGAAUCGGGCCUGCAGGUUCAGCAUCACGGAGUGAGAUUCCACUGCCGGCUGCCUGCGGGGCUCCCCUGCUGUGCCCACCCUUGGGGCACCCCUGGUUUAACCACAGAGCCUGGCUCCAGGACCAAAGAUGUGUGGACCAUGACCUCCACCAGCGACCUGGCUCCUGCACCAAUGUCCCUGCCACCACCACCACCUCCACUGCCAGCCCAGGAUGCUGGGGUGCAGGUGGCUCCUGUGGCAGCCUGCAAGGCUGUGGCCACAAGCCCAUCCCUGGAGGCCCCAGGGGCCCUGCACAUGUUCCCAGAGGUAACUGUGGGAUCCAGCAGCCUGGAGGAGGCACCAUCCCCAGUGCGGGAUGUGCGGUGGGAUGCCGAGGGCAUGACAUGGGAAGUGUAUGGUGCCGCAGUGGACCCCGAGGUGCUGGGCGUGGCCAUCCAGAGGCACCUAGAGAUGCAGUUUGAACAGCUGCAGCGGGCACCUGCCAGCGAGGACAGCCUGUCUGCUGAAGGCCGCAGGGGGCCGCUGCGGGCCGUCAUGCAGUCCCUGCGGCGCCCCAGCUGCUGCGGCUGCUCGGGUGCAGCCCCUGAGUGA